GGAUUAAUGGCGUGAGAGCCUUGAGACGGAUGAGAAGUAAACGUUUUGCUAUCACCAUUCUCGAGACGAAGCAUCUGUCGCUUCCCGUCCGCGUCACCUACUACGCGGACUUCUUUCUCGAAGGGCUGCCGCACCUCAUGGACCUUUGGGAGAAGGGGGAGGAAAUCAUGCCAACCGCUGUUGUCAUGGAUUCCGGCCUUCACUUCAUGACAAAGCGACCAGACAAGAAGGCAAUCCCCUAUGAGAAGUCGCUCAAAUAUCUGGCUCCCUAUUUUACUCGCCUUGCUGCCACGGAACCUGUUUAUUACAAACUCACUGACGACCUGCAGGCAGCCAGGCUUAGAAAAGCCAACAUGAGCCUGACUUUCACCAAACUGUACAAUGAAAUUGCUGUCCGGGAACUACAGGGAACUGGCGUGACCCUCUGGGACAGCACGCUACCCUUGUCUGUCCAGUACAAUGAUGCCUGUAUAAAGAUGAACAAGAAUACACCACCUAUGUUCCACUGGAAAUGCAAUGAUCUCAGCCACCUCGGUUACAUCGUCGUGGAACAGUUUGCUGACAUGGUGUACAACGCUGUCUGUAACAAAUAUUUGGAACUUGAUGAAGAUUAUUGCGGCCAAGAGGAAACGCCACAUCUUUGAAGUGGAAAUAUAAUGGGAAGGAUGGUUGUGUAAAUACCAAUGCUGUAUUGUUUCUUCCUUUAAUAUUAUUGUUUGCUGUGUACCUUCGCUCACUCACUGCACUCCGAAAACAUAUUUUUCAACGGGCAGUCUCAGUGUAAUGUAUCUUUAUAUAGUAAUUCAGACUAUUUAACUUGCAGCCAAGUGCCAAGUACUGUUUUAGUCCUUUAGUCGUUAAUCGUAACGGCCUUGCAGGACCACCUAGCAUUAAGUUAUGUAUGAAGAACCAAGACCAAGUUGAGGAAUAAACGCUUCUCCUUACACAGACUCUAAAACGAACAGGAACUCAUACGUGAAUUGACACUAAGGGAAAAGGAUAUAUCCUGUACCGUAUGAAUCUCAUUUAAGCUAUGGUAUAGAUUUGUAUCCUAUACUAGAAUUUGUUAAUGAAAUCAUUACAAAGAAAAUUCCUUAACUGGGUAGUAAAUAUUAGAGACGAAUCUAUUAAACAAUACAUAUCUUUAAGGAGUAGCUAAAGGAUAUAAAAUGCUAUCAUAUAACUAAUUCGACUUUCUUAAAUGUUCCCUGAGAGAGAAAAAAGGGCACGGCAAAGUGUACGCCAUUUCCUGGUACCUUCAGCAAUAUCAACACGGUAUCAUGGUAUUCAAAAUAAUAUCAACAGUAGAGUAUCCUAUAAUACCCAUAAUGAUACCAAUAAUAAGGUAUAUAUCUGGUGCUUAUUGCAAUAGCAACAGUAUAAUAAGAUAUCUAGUGCUUAUAAUAUCGGCAACAGUAUAUGUAGCCCAUAACAACAUCAACAAUUGCGCAUUAUCCGGUGACCAUUGGCAUAUCAAAAAUAGGGUACUGCUUGGUGUAUGUAUUAAUAGCAUCAGAAGGUUACAUACAUUAUAGUUAGAAGCUAAUCUUAGAAGAGAAUAGAAAAAAUGGAUUCGAAAUGUAGACCGAUAUCUAAACGCUAAAAAUUAAAGACUUAAUAAAAUCUGUUAUAUUUUUCAGUGUAAGCAUCCAUUUUGAAUCAAAUGCAUCGAUGUAAAUCAUGUAAGACACAUUUUUGGUUGUUUUCAUAGCAUGUUCCACCUUCGACCGUUCCACCGCGUACGUAGGCUACAACCGAAAUCAUUAUCACGGUUUUCAUGACACGGUUUUACAGCUGGGAUUUUAUCUGUCAAUAUUGUAGUGCAUUCAAUUUUAAAAUAAACCUUUUUGUUAAAUAAAUAAUGUAAAAAAAA